UUUCAUAACCAAACAACACAAGCAGUGAUAGUUUUCUUGAAGAUUAUUGUUGUUGUUAUUAUUGGUAUCCCUUACAAGGCUUCUUUUUUUGUUGGAUCAAGUUUGGAGUUGCUUUGAGGUAAUUUACCCUUUGCUGAAUACUACUGCCAAAUCCAAACCGGUCGUGGAUCUUGCCUCUCAGAAUCUCAAUUUGAUGAACAGCAUUGAUUUCAGUUUCAGGUUUUAUUGUUCUCCCAAUAAUUCUCCUUAAAGUAUGCCCAAUUAUUGCCUUAACUGCUGCCACUCAUGUGAGAUUUGGUUGAGUUGAGAGAGAGAGAGAGAGGAAUGAAAUGCUCAAAACCAGAAGAAGAUUGCCAAGUAUUGAGUGAGUCUUUGCCUCUUUGGCUUUGCCUUUUGCAAGGAUUCUUGAGAGAAAAGGGUUGCAUUGCAACGGUUGAAACGUUCAAAGCUGCUUUUAUACUACUGCCCCAGGAGAAUAUUUUUCUUUAUUACACCAAAACGUGCCUACAAGUUUCCAUUUUUAAGACCCUUUUGAAGAGAUUUAUUGGUUUUCUUUCGGUUAUAGUUUGUUUGUUCAGCAUCAGCUAUUCAUACAUGAUAUAUUGUUGUAUUCGAGUUAUAUGAGUCCAAGGUUUGAAUAUUAGACACGCAGCGAGUCACAUUGAGCUGAAUUUCUAAGAUUUCCUAAAGCAAUCAUGGGGCUUCUUCCAAGUCUUGUGAUGCUUGUUCUUGUUCUGUGCUUUGAAUCACUUCCUCGUAUUAGGGCUCAGUCUAGUACUGCUGCUCCUGGGUCUUCUUCAACAAGGGAAGAAGCUAAGGCCCUGGAUGCACUUCUUCAACAAUAUGCUUACAAGGCUUUGGUGAAUCCAAAAACAGGUAUCGUUUACAAUGCAACUCAUCUUCCUUCCAAUUUGACUGGGAUUGAGGUUGCAGCAUUGAGAUUAAGGAGUGGGAGUUUAAAGAGAAAAGGCUUCCAAAUGUACAAUGAGUUUGGAAUUCCCAAGGGACUUAUUGAGAGUCCAUAUGUGGAAAGAUUGGUUUUGGUGUACCAAAAUCUGGGCAAUUGGUCCACCAGGUACUUUCCAUUGCCUAAUUAUACUUACUUGGCUCCAGUGUUGGGACUACUGGCUUAUGAUGGUUCAAAUUUGUCAGCUACAAAUUUAUCACAACUAAAUAUAAAUGUAUCUGAUGGCCCUAUAUUGGUCAAGUUCAGGGAUGUAAAAUCAGCUCCUCAUGGCACUGUUGCAAAAUGUGUUUGGUUUGAUUUGCAGGGUUCUUCCAAUUUCAGCAAUGUAACAGGUGGCAACACAUGUUCUACUUCCCAACUGGGCCAUUUCUCUAUUGUGGUUAAAUCCACUGCUCCUCCAGCACCAGUAUCUCCUCCUCCUGCUGGUGCUCCAAAAGGGGCACCAGCACCGGCACCAAGUGCUCAAGGAGAAGGUGAAAAGAAAAGUAAAAAGAAAGUGUGGAUUAUUGUUGGGUCUGUUGUGGGAGGACUUGCACUGUUGGUGUUGUUGUCACUGCUAAUUUUGUGGAUGAACAAGUACAAACAGAAGAAGAAAAUGCAACAGAUGGAAAGGGCUGCAGAUGUGGGAGAGGCUCUUCAAAUGGCUUCAGUUGGGGAUACAAAGGCACCUGCUGCAACGGUUACACGAACACAACCGACUCUUGAACAUGAAUAUGCACCAUGACACAAUAUUUUUGCACAAUCUUCAGUUUCCCUCCUACACUCAUCUUCAAGUUAAUUUACUGUAUUCAGAAAUUCUUCUAAUCACACUUUUUUCCCCCUAGUGCCACUUCCCCUUGUUUGUUUGCUUAACAUAGGAUUUUCGUGUACAUCUGUUAUCUUUUUUAUGAUUCAUUGUGGUGUGAAUUUAGCAGCCAAAAGUGAUGAUUAUGUUGAUGAAUUCAGAUGUUCCAUUGACAAAGAAUAAAACUGUGGAACCUACUUGUUGGGUU